AUGCAAGAACACAAACGGAAAGAUACUAGUUCAAAAAAAAGGAAAUUGGUCAAAACUACUGCAUGUAGUCUCAGGGGUAAGACAUCAUUCAAAUCCCCCACGCCAUCAGACAAUGCAGAGUUUGUGAUAUCAAGCUUGCCAGGUGACGACAUACCCAAAUUAAAUCAAAGUGAUAUUUCGUCUCCAGAUACGAACAGAAAGGCUUUUGAUGAGAACUUAUCACAUGAAGGGGAAGUUGUGUCAAAGGCAACUUUGGAUGACGAAGUUAUAAUAACAUCUGUGACAACUAGCACGGGUCAAAUAACCAAAAGAUUAAAGAGAAUAAUUGAUCAAGAAGAGUUAUCAGUUAUUUCCAAUUAUAAAAUGCUGACAGAUAUGUCAAUCAAUUGUGCACAGAACAUCCUUCAUGAAACAGUUCCAUCCAUAGCAGGUCUAGACGAAACUACAAUUGGUUUAAAACUUCUUUUUACUGCUCAAAAGCAAGAAUUUGUGCAGAUUCUUCAUGAUGGUUGUAUCCACUGGGUAUGUGUUUCCAAUAUCGGAUGCAAAAAGGGCGAGAUAAAUUAUUAUGACAGCCUGUACCAUUGAAAAGAUUAACCCCCAUGUGCAAAAGCAGAUUGCAAGCCUGCUUCAUGAAGAGUUAGAUCACAUAAAGAUACACAUCAAGGCAUCACAACAGCAAAGUAAUGGAGUUGACUGUGGUGUUUUUGCCAUAUCAUGUGCAACUAACCUGCUCUAUGGAAAGGAUCCAUGCAAAGUAAAUAUAAAAGAAUCGCUAAUGCGAGGUCAUUUAGUAAACUGUCUAGUCAGAAAUGUGCUUUCUCCAUUCCUACAAGAGGAUGAGAAAACUGUCUCCCGAUGCCAUGAAUACACCAUGAUUGUUUGGCUGUACUGCUGGCCCCACGAGGAACAAUGUGUCGCCUAG